UCCUCCCCGGUCGGGGAAUCCAGGCUUCCAGGCAGCCACCGCUCUUCUGCCCGACGAGGACCCCGCCGAGUAUCCAGCAGAGCCAGCAUGGAAGCGGAACCCACGGAAGCGGCGGCCCCGCUGCCUCCGGCGGUGUCCUGGCAGGCGGCAGUGGCGGCGGUGGUGGAGGAAGAGGAGGCAGCGCCCAGCAGCACGUCACUCACGGCUCGCGAGGUGGAGGAAGAGCUGAUCCUCCCCGCCUCCACCUCCCUGGGGAGCGACGAGGACACGGUCUUGCCACGCUCAAGCUCCUUGGAGGGGGAGGACGACCUCCCGGACCCCUCCCUGCCCUCCUCGUCCGAGUGGCCGGAGCCGCAGAGCGCCAGCCCCAGUGACCCCUCCUCUGCGCCGCUCGAGAGCUCCCCUUUCACCUUCUCCUUGCUCUCGCCGUCAUCGCUCUCCUGGAAGGCACCCUCCGACGGGCUGCAGCGACAGCUGGAAGAGGCCGAAGGCCGCGGGGAGCAGGGCGAGCGGACAAAAGCCAAAAAGAAGGGCCCACCGGCCAAGAAGGGCGCGCCAAGCUACAUGGUGAGGACCGUUGUGCCAGCCGAGAAGGAGGAGCUGGUGUCGGUGGCCAAGGCCAUGCACAGAGAGAAAUUCGCCAAGAGCACCAAGGAGCUCUUCCACCUGGAGAAGGAGGCGGCCCUCAAGUCCCUCCAGACAGGUCUCUACAUUGGCUGGCGCUGUCCUGAAUACCUUUGGGAUUGUUUCCGGGUGGGGGAUGAGUCCAAGUGCUUCUGUGGGCACCUGCUGAAGCUGCAUCAGGUGUACGUGGAGAAACGAGCCACUGUGCCCUGCACUGUGGCAGACUGCCGAUGCCAGGGAUUCCUGUUUGUUCCUUCAUGCCCAGAAGAGGUGGGCGAAUUCUGGCUUCGGCGAAGAACUGGCUUUGAUGUGGCAGCCUGGCGAGCAAAAUGCCGGUGCACGCACACACACGAGGAACACACGCCCAUUGGAGCACGGGGGUGCUGCGUCCGAGGCUGUUCCUGCAUGGCCUUCACCUCCAGCUUCCUGUGUGCAGCCUGCGACCGACGCUGGGAGGAACAUGAAACCUUCUUUGAGUCAGAGGAAACAAGGCGCAGAGGUGGCCGGCCUUACGGAGAAGCUUAUCUGCCCUUUGCUGAGCUGCCCGAGCUGCGUGGGGCCGUGCUGACGGGGCGCUCUGAGGACCCUUCCGCCUCCAGGGCUCUGCAGGGCCAGGCCUGUCAGGCCCUGCCCCCCUCCUCCGACUCAAGAGCUCUGCCUCUUCCCCCCCCAGGCCCCCGGCGGUUCCUGCAGAAGGACGACAAGAAGGCUUGAGGCGCCUUCUUCGCCCUACUUCCUGCUGCGCAUGGGAGGCACAAUAAAGAGAGAUUGCUCUGUGGGGGUCCUUGUGGCCGUGUCUUCAAAGCCCUGAGGCAGGGGAAGGCUCAGCAGGGAUGCCAGGCCGAGGGUGGGAUUCUGCUCUGGGGGGGGAGGGGGGGCUUGCAGGAUCUCCUUCUGUGCCCAACUGCAUGUGGACAUCUCCUACUCUCACUGCCAGCCCUGCAGGGAUGUUGGAGGGAAAAGAGACGGGCCUCCCCUUCAGAAAGCAGCCCCAACCUCCGGGACUACUCUGUGCUGCCCACUUGCAGAGGGGUAUGUGUGUGUCCUGUACUCCCCUGGGCCCGUAUCCCCCUUCCAGGGUCAGGGCAAAGGAGCCCUCGCUUGGCUGGAGUCCCCACUGCUUUUGUGCAGCUCCAGAGAGGAUAGAGCACAUGAGACUGAGGAGCUGCUGCCCACUGGCCAGUGGUGACCGCAAGGAAAGGGUCCUUGCCUGGCAGCACUGAGGGGCACUCACGGGGCUUUCCACCUCUCUCUAAGAGGGCAUCCAAGCCUGCCAGAACUGGCUGGGCUGAAAAGGCCUUUCUCUAGCAGAGGGAUGUGCUCAGCAUUCGGCUCUCAGUUGAGGCAAGAGAGUGGCCCCUGCCCUCCCACAUUUGCAUAAGGGACUUGGAGAUGGGGUGGGGGGGGACGGAGGCGUCCAUCCUCCUGAGCAGCAUAAUAAUAUAGGGGAAAUCCUGAUUUGCUGAAGGAGGAAGUCUGGAGCUGCCUGGCAGCUCUUCUCCUUGGUUGGCUCUGCCCUGGCGGAGCCUUUCAUUGACCACCAAAUUUGGAGGGGGGGGGGCACAAUCCAGGCCCUGGUCAUUGGGUCAUUCCCGCACAAAGGGUGGCAGUUAACUUUCUUGGGCUGGGUGGCUUGCUUUGAGUCUCCUUUGAGUGAAGGGCUGCACAGGCAACCCCCACCUCUUUUUCUCUUCUUCUGCCAAAAGCAAAGUUCCCCCCCCCCCAUCUAGAACUGGCAUGGAUCUCUAGGCCUGCCAACCGGAAACAAAAGUAGCAAUUUUGUUUAUCUCCUAAAGGAAGAAGCAGGAGUUGCAUCUGUGCUUCUCCUUAGUGGGGGACCUCCGUGGCAGCCUUUGUGUUGUUUUUGUUUUUCGACUUUUAAUCCCAGGAGGGCCAUUUGGGCUGUGUGAGCACAGAGCCAGGGCUGGGGGAGGGGCUGGGAAGCAGUUUAGGAACUGCCUGGAAGAUUGGGAUGCCUGGAGAGGACAAGAUUGGCCAAGCUGCUCCCCGAAAGCAGGAGAGGGGCAGCCUGUGAAGCCUCAGAGGGGCUCAGCCUUCCAUCCUGGGCCCUGCUGCAGUGGUGGGUUGCUACCGGUUCGGGAAGACCGGUAGCGGUAAUUUGGGCUGGUUCACCGAACCGCUAGUAAUUACUGGCUGGCCACACCCCCGAACCGAUCCCUGCUCACUCACCCCAGCCAACCGAUGCUCACUCGCCCACCUCUACCCAGUCACUCCUCACUUAUACUGUGUGGGUCUUUGCUUGCAGCUUGCCUGCCUGAAGCACUGUGCCCCAACUGAGCGGCCCUGAUCUGCCUGCCAGGUAAGCCUGCGAGUCGCGGCCUACCUAGCUGCCUCUGCCCCCCACAAUCCCAGACUGUCUCCCCUACUCCCUUCCCUGCAGCCCAUAGCCCUGCCAUGCUUCCCUGCCUCCCACGUUGCCUUCCCCGGAUCCCGGUGGCCAGCUUGCGAAGUCAGGCAAGUGGAAGGCCAAAUGGAAGGUAGGCAAGCAUCUCCCUUCCCCAAAUCCCUGCCAUGCUUGCCUGCCUUCCACGCUGCCUUUCGGGUGUCCCCAUGGCCAGCUUGCCACCCCCCCACCCCCCUUCCCUUUUACCUUUCUUUAAUGUACCCCGCUUCCCUCCCAAACUGGAGUCAGCUGCAGCCACCCUCAUUUGGGAUGGAAACACAGAGAGACUGCCUUUUCCUCUCUGACUUCUGUUGGCAGAGAAGCAGAGGUGGCAGCAGCAGCGGAAGGCAAGGGGCCGAUCACAGCCGGCGUGGUUACCCGGCGGGCUCCCUUUGCAUGGCUCCCUUCAGCGCUGCCAAACACACACACAAGGAGGCCUCCUUCGAGAGGCUUCAGAGGCUGAGGUUUUUUUUUUCUUUUCCUCCUCCAGCAGCCUCCUUGAGGGCUUUGCAAUGUGGAGGAUGCCACCUCGCAAGGUUUGGGGGAGGGAAGGGGCAUGUUAAAGAAAGGUAAAAGGGAAGCAGGGUGGGGUGGGACUUGGUCCUCCCCUCAGCGAUCCUCUUCCAAGCCCAGAUGGUUCCUCCUUUAAUACCUGGUCCUGCACUUGACCUGGCCGGACAGUGUUCCCCCCCCCAGCGCCCUCCCGCCUGUCCUUCCUUCUGACAGACUCCUGCGAUUUGUUAUGGGAGCCCUUAGCACACCUGCUCCCUUCCUGAGGCUAUUUGGCUGGGCUUGUGUGCUACAGGGGCUGUGUGGUUUUCUGGACUGCCACUGAGAGUGGGCCUUCUGACAUUUCAAAAGUGUGUAUGUGGGGUCCUCACUGUGAAAUAGGCCCCCAAAGCAGAUGAAAGGAGUCUGGGAGGGGAGGCCGACGCAGCCCUUUGGGUGCUGGGGUUACCCAGCCACCGAGCACUGGACUAAGGUCUGCCUUUUGCUUCUCCGGUAAGGAAUGGGGUUGCCUUCCCCAGUGCUUGGCUUUCGGGUGAAAUUCCGGGGGAGGGGGGGGGUACGGCGGCGGUCAAAGGAGCUGUUGGCUGGAUCAAGUGCCAUCAAGUGGAGCGUUGCAGAGACUGAAGGCCUGGGAGGGGGGGCUUUGUUGUUCAGGCCGAGAAGCGACGUGGGAGAGAGAGAGCAAGGUUUGCUGGCUGAGGAAUUCUGGGAGUUGUGGACUUCAGCUUAAAGUCUAAAAGUUGCCAAGGUUGGAGACCCCUGCCCUAGACCACUUUAGGAGCAAAGUGGUGGG